AUAAAUUUAUUUAAUAUUUUUGAUCCAUCAACAAUAAUUAUUAAUUUAGAAUUAAACUGAAUUAGAACUUUUAUAAUUAUUAUUAUAAUACCAAACUUUAUUUGAAUUAUACCAAAUCGAAUAAAUUGAAUUUUAUUUAAAAUAUUUAAUAUAUUAAAUAAUGAAAUAUUAAUAUUAUAUAAAAUAAAAAAAACUAAAUCACCUGCAUUUUUAUUUAUCACAUUAUUUAUAUUUAUUUUACUUAAUAAUUUUUUUAGAUUAUUUCCAUAUAUUUUUUCAUCUUCUAGUCAUAUAAUUUUUUCAAUAACUUUAGCUUUACCAUUUUGAUUAUUCCAUAUUAUUUUUUCAGUAUGUAAAAAUACAAAAAAUAUAAUUGCUCAUUUAAUUCCACUUAAUACACCAAUUUAUUUAGCCCCUUUAAUAACAAUUAUUGAAACAAUAAGAAUUAUUAUUCGACCUUUAUCUUUAUCAAUUCGUCUUACUGCAAAUUUAAUUGCAGGUCAUUUACUUAUAACAUUACUAAAUUUUAAUUCAAUAUUAUUAAUUAUUAUUUUAAUUCAAAUAUUCAUAAUAAUUUUUGAAUUAUGUGUAGCUAUAAUUCAAAGAUAUGUAUUUUCAAUUCUUUCAUCUUUAUACUCUAGAGAAUA